AUGAUACGUGGCUUCCUCGACAAUUCCCUCCAUCACCGUUCUUUGGAACUCUACACGCAAAUGCGACAACUUCCCCACCUCCAACCAGACAAUUUCACCUUCCCGUUUGUUCUGAAGGCCUGUGCUUAUCUACGAGAUUAUCGGUUCGGUAUUCGAGUUCAUGCUGAUGUGGUGCAAUUUGGUGUGGCCGUCAUGACAUUGCACGCCGGUUGUUUUGAUGAUUUGCUCGACAAGAAUGUUGUCUCUUGGAGUUCAAUUAUUGGCGCAUACGCCCAGAAUGGGUGCUACCGCCAAGGGCAAUUCUUGUUUUCGCAGAUGUUAGCCAAUGGAAUUGUGCCAAACAGAGCUUCCAUCUUGAACGCUAUGGCUUGUGUGCACACAGAAAAGGAAGCUGACCAUGUUAGGAGGUUCGUGAUGGACAAUGAGCUUGACUUGGAUAGAUUAAUACAGAAUGCUACCAUGAGAAUGUAUGCGAGAUGCGGGAGGAUGGAUGUUGCUCGGGCAUUAUUUGAUGGGAUAAUUGAUAAGGAUUUGGUAUGCUGGACAUCAAUGAUUGAAUCUUAUGCUGGGGCUAGUAUGCCGUUGGAGGCCUUGGGGCUCUUUAGACAGAUGAUCUUGUUAAAAAUCAAUCCUGAUUCAGUGACCCUUCUGGCUGUAGUUUGUGCUUGUUCACAGUUGGCAUGUUUCCAGCAAGCACGUUUCAUUCACGGUUUUGUAAUUCGGAACUGUUUCCAAAAUCAAGUAUCUCUUGAAACUUCUGUAGUCGAUCUCUACGUGAAAUGUGGAAAUCUGGCAUACGCCAGAAGAGUUUUUGACCAAAUGCAGGAGAAAAAUGAGAUCUCAUGCAGCACCAUGAUUUCAGGUUAUGGGAUACACGGCCACGCUAGAGAAGCUUUGGACUUAUUUGAUCAGAUGAAGGCGUUGCGACAACCAGACCUUAUUACGUUUGUGUCUGUUUUGUCAGCAUGCAGUCAUGGUGGAUUGAUACAGGAAGGAUGGGAGUGCUUCAAUUCCAUGAGUAGAGAUUUUGGAAUAAGACCAGUUUCUGAACAUUAUGCAUGCGUGGUUGAUCUCUUGGGUCGUGCUGGGCGACUUUGUGAAGCCCAUGACUUUAUUCAGAAGAUGCCAAUAAAGCCAGGUGCAGCUGUAUGGGGAGCACUGUUGGGUGCCUCUAGAAUUCAUUCAAAUGUAGAAAUGGCUGAGCUUGCUGCAAAAUAUCUUUUAGAGUUGGACUCCAAUAACGCCGGUCGAUAUGUUCUUUUAUCCAAUAUUUACGCUUCUUGUGGUAAAAGAAUAGAAGCGGAUAUGGUUAGAGCUCAAAUGAAACAGAGAAGGGUGAGGAAAAUUGCCGGGCAAACUACUAUACAUCGAGGCUAAGAUCAAGGCAACAGAUUUCGCAGUGUGGAUAUGGUAAACCCAAUUGAAAAAGAAAAGGGUAUUACACUUGAAGAAUUUAGGAUCACAAAGAUGCACAUAGCUAACGAGCACCAAUUUCUUGGGGCAUGGUCGGAACCAUCAAUCGAGUUGAAGCAUUGGAGAGAUGAAGGAUGAGUUAACUUCAGUCAAGACAACAAUACUUGAGCUUUGAGGCCAUCUGGGAGAGCUUUGAAAGGCCAUCACUUCAGGAUAUAGAGGGAAGUUGUUGGCCGAAUCUCAAUAAAUUCCAUUGACGAGCUCAAAAGACAUGACUCAUCUUGUGCAGGUGACACAAAAUGUAACUGAGAAGAUGGGUAGAUACAGACACUUGGAGCUACCCAUAUUCCUUGGUGACGACCAAUAGGGUGGUUAUUUAUAUAUUUCUUGCCAUUUUAGUAAACAUAUCUAUCUUUCUUUAGUUUCCAACUUUGUCAUCACAUUCCUUUUUCUUGAACUUAUGUUUCCUAAUCGGUUCCAAAAUUCUACAUUUAAAUUGAUUUUCUGUCAAAAAAUUUGAAUAUCUCUGUGCCUUGUCUAGCUUUUUGGGUUGCUCUACUUGGAUAUUUUCAUUCAGGCCCAAGGAUAGUAUAAUUUCCUAGCUGCAUGUGUGCUUUCAGAAAGAGCAUGGCUGAGUAUGAUCCACUUCUGGUGGCUCCAACCUGCUUGUGACCUGGCAUCAAAAGGAGAAGAAAGCACAGUGCAGGCUACGUUGCUUGUAUUUUGCAUUAAAAAUUAUGCGAGCACUUGCUUUAUAGAUCUUCUCUCUCUAUGUAUUCAUAGUCAACAUUGUAUACUUGUUUGUAUAUUAUUCUGUGGUUACUGUAGUUUUGAUGUUUUCAACAAGAGAUCAGUAGGAGCGACAGGGAAGACACAUGAAAAUUGAGGCUUUCAUCUUUGGUGUAAAACCUCAUGAAUUUUGAUUUGUUUAAAACAUGUGUAUUGCCAGGCAUUAGAACCUUUUUUGGCAUACUUUUGAUUAAAAGUAGUCAUUGAGCAUUAAGUUAUUUUUGUACACUUUUCAUGGAUAUUCUGAAUAGUUUGUGUCUUUAGAACUUGGAACCGAGACCU